GAACCCUAUUCUUUAUUUUUUAGUGUUUGGAGUGGUUUGUGGGGGAUUGGUUAUCACGGAAGGAGAAGCUUAGUACAGACAGUAUGCCAAGCAGUGCAUUUACAUAUUAAGAUUAUGGUUACAUAAUCAGCAAAGGAGUCUGUUCCUUCUGUCAAAAUUAUUACUAAGGAAGUAUAUUAACACUUUAAGGUGCCAGUUUCAAGGAACUGGAAGAUAAAAUCGCUGCUUGACUUAACUCACAACAUUUAAGGAUUACUUCUGUCUGAACCGCAGUGUACCAUGAAAAACUAAGGCAAGCCAGUCUUGCUUCCCACGUCGUGGGUGGUGUGGGAGGGGCCAUUAGUCCUGUAUGAAAAAGGUGGUACCUUGGAUUUAAAAAAAUGGAUGUUGGACCUGUACACAUGUGACCAGGUUCCUAAAAAUACCCUAAGAAAAAAAAAUUUGAAGCAGAUUUUAUCUGGUGCUGAAUUGGUCCACAGUACAGGACAGGGGGGUUUUAUAUGAUGUUCCACUGGGAGGUAGGUCAACUUGUAGCUAGGAGCCUUUUCCAUUAUUGUUUUGCCAAAAAAUCUGCCAGGCUGCCACUUGUGCCAGGCUGCAGAUGGCCCAUAAAGGUAGUUUGUCAGGUACUUCAGUAGUGAGAUGCAUACUGGAUGCUUUUUUUUCAGGAUGGUUUUGAUUUAGUUAACAAGUAUUUGUUGAAUUCCUCCUCCUGCAUAAGAGACAGGGCUAGAGAGGUGAAAUCAGUAAAGAAUUCUGCUCUUGCAGAGUUGACUGUCUGCUAGGAGGAUUGCCUUCACUAAAAGUUAACUCCAAAUUAAAGUACAUUUUUCCGUGUUAAAUGGAACCAAUAAUAAAUGCACAAAAGUAAAGAGUUGAAGAGAUUGCCAUAGACCCCCUAGAGUCCUGACUUGGAGACUAAAAAUAGAGGAUUAGGUGCAAGGUAGAACUGAUGCGUCUUGGUGAGUUGUUAGUUUUGGGGGAAAAGAGGGUAGAAGGAGGAGUAAAAAAUUAAUUUGUUUUCAACCUAAGUUGCAGAAUGAUGGGUGCACCAUCAAGGUAAAAAUAUUUGUUAGUUCCUUAGGAAUAAAGUCUUUUUACGUUUUCUGAGUUAUUCCCACGACUCCACUUGUAUUUCCCUGCACACAUUUGAUGUUAACAAGUAUGUUUUGAAGAUUUUAAAUAAUCAUGUUUGCAACAAAUGAGUUGUACACGUUUGAGGCAGACUGUUGGCUAGGUCAGGAGAGAGGCCCUGGUCUUAUGGUUUCAGAGAUCUUUGGAGGGAGCUGCCCAUGGCUUACAACUGCAGGCCUCUUCUGUGUAGCUGCUUCAGCCGUAGGUGAGAGUGUGUAGAUGAGGCAAGGGAGGGAGCCGUAAACAUUUCCCUUUCACUGUCUCACAGGUAUUUGUGUUGUUUGAUUCUGUAGAGGAAGGACAUUUAUGUAAGGCUUCACUGAUAUUCAUUUAGUUAUAUGGACAGAAGCCAAGUGAAAUAUAGGGGGAUAUUUCUGAGACAUCUCAGGAGUGUAUUUUGAUGGCCAUAGAAAAAGUCAUGAGUCGUUUUGCGCUGAAUGUCGGGCAACUAUGUUGGCUUUCAUGAUGUCCCUACAAACGGCAUACUUUGUGUGCCCAUAAAAAACUACUAGAAUACCCAGGGAAAUAGAAUCAGGUUGAAUUAGUCCAGUCCAAUUUCUUUUUUAGGAUGAGCCCCAGGAUCUGGAUAACUCAAGACUAUUAUAGCCUAAAAAUGUUUCUCUGGGGCCCGGCCCCGUGGCCUAGUGGUUAAGAUUGGCAGGCUCUACUUUGGCGUCCCAGGUUUGGUUCCCGGGCACGGACCUACACUACUCGUCAGCAGCCAUGCUGUGGUGGUGACCCACAUACAAAACAAAGGAAGAUGGGCACAGAUGUUAGCUCAGGGUGAAUCUUCCUCAGCAAAAAAUGUUUCUCUGUAAGAACCUCAGGCAUUACCAGAACAAACCCAAACCAAGAGGAUUUAGGUGACACUUAAUUAGCUUCCUGUGUGCAGUGAUGAGACCUUUAUUGGCUUGUGACAGUUGACCUUUUGUUAGCCAACAGGAUUUGUAGCUCCAAUUUCUGGAGACUAAUAGGCUCUCUUUCCAGACUUUUAAGGCUGUUUCUGUGCUUAGAAUGAAUUUUUGAUCUAAGGAUGUCGUUGCCUGGACCUGUGGAUGGAUUCUAGGGAUCUGCAAACCACCUGAAAUUGUGUGUAAAAUAUUCUGUCUGUAUAUGCAUUUCUAGAGAUAAGGUCAAAGACUCUCAUGUGAUCUUAAAAGGAUCUGAGACUCAAGUAAAGUUGGCAGCUUAAUGUCGUUCACUCUUCUAGUCAUUGGGGACAUAAUUCACAAAGAUAGAAGCCAUUUUUAGGGAGGUGAUUUGGAGUGAGAGUUAGAAGUAGAUAAUGUUUUCCAUUUGUGAGGCUGGAAAAAGGGAUGGGACCAUCUUUCUCAAAUAUCGCUUUCACUGAGCAACUCAAAAUGUAAACCUGUGUCUAAUCAGUACACAUCAAAAAUAUUUAUUUUACUUUGGUUUUCCCCUCGGGUAAAUUUGGCAAGUACAUUUUACUUCUCCUUCAAGGACCAGCACCUUUUUUCUUUGCAUCUCUUUAUUUGGGCCUCAAGCUCAUUGGGAUUUACAAUCUAUAAAAAGCUCCUGAUGAGUAAUUAAAUUAGUAUCACUAGCUUCUUGUUAGUAAAUUAUGUUGUGUCUUAUGUUCUACUGGUCUUUUUUGUUCGCUUUCUAUUUGGGAGACCACAGAAAGUUUUCUGUUGCAGUCACAGCGUUUCUCCUGUCAGUGUUUGUACUCCAAAUGCCUGGAGACUCAUAGUUACACACCACAAUGCCAUAGGGCUUUAUAAUAAGAGAAUCAUUUUACAGCUUUGGAAUUCGUAUCAAAUCAAAAGGGCCCCAGUCUCUUCUCCCUCAAAAGAUAUUGUGCUUACAGAGUAGCUGAAUAACAAUUUUGGCGGUCACCAUCCUUGUUUGAAGAAAAUAUUUAAGUGGGAAAGUUAUUUUACUAUUUUAUCUCUAGUACUAAAGAAUCUGCGUGGUGCAUAUUUUCAAAAAACAAUAUGACUUCUUAGAGUGAGUAGACAUUAAUGUUACUCUAUAAAAUUUUUAAACAUAUAAGAUCAGGCUUUAUUUUUUCUGAACAUAUAUUUCACCUUUUGGGAUAUCUUACAAAUUACACUUGGUAGUAGAUGCCUCUUAUAUUUUAAUAGAUGUUUAGUUAUAUAUCUUGUGUGUGUUUUAAGUUGGGGAAGAAUAUAUCUUUUAGAACAUAUCUAACUAAAUUUUACUGAUUUCACUGGAACCUCGUAUUUUCAGUAGAGUUCAGGUUGAGAUUUGAUGUCGUGUAACAUUACUUCAAAGUCAGAGCCUACAAGGUGAAUACGUUGCUGGCUGAUACUAACAUUAAACCAUUACAUUCCUGACAUAAAACAAAAUUGCUGUCCCUGGAACAAAAGAGUGACUGAAAAAUGGACCAUUAGCACCUAAACUUUAUGUUUGAAAUAAUUUUUCUAAGAGAUCACCUUUCUAUUUUUAUUCAGGGAAUGGCCCAAAAGGGUAAUUUAUUGUUUUGAGUUUAUUGCUUUUUCAUUUUGUAUUUUAAAGCAUGCUAAUUUAAUGGUUUUAAAAACUUAUUAACGUUUGUUAGUAAAUACCAAAACAGCACACAGUUGUGAAAUAAAUUGAGUAAUUUUCUUUGUAGAGAGAGUGAGUAAAAUGUUUUCUAUUUUUAUUUUGCCCCCUACUUUUUUUUUUCCAGUGCACCUAUGAUAUGUGUUUUAGAAAUACAUGUUAAAUUUUGGUUUGAAUGAAAAAAUGUCUCUCAAUCCACCUAUAUUUCUCAAAGAAAGGGAAGAAAAUAAUUCAAAAUUUGUAGAAAUACAACAGUCACAAACUGCUCCCAUAGCUUCAGAAGAUCCUCUUCAAAACUUAUGCUUAGCUUCUCAAGAAGUUCUUCAAAAAGCUCAACAAAGUGGGAGAUCAAGGUGUCUCAAAUGCGGUGGUUCAAGAAUGUUCUACUGCUAUACGUGUUAUGUCCCAGUUGAAAACGUACCUCUUGAACAGAUGCCACUUGUGAAGCUUCCAUUGAAGAUUGACAUCAUUAAACAUCCAAAUGAAACAGAUGGCAAAAGUACUGCUAUACAUGCAAAACUCUUAGCACCUGACUUUGUAAAUAUCUACACUUAUCCUUGUAUUCCAGAAUAUGAAGAAAAGGACCAUGAAGUUGCACUUGUUUUUCCUGGGCCUAAGUCUGUCUCAAUAAAAGACAUUUCUUUUCACCUGCAAAAAAGGAUUCAAAAUAAUGUUAGAGGCAAAAAUGAUGACCCUGACAAGCCAUCUACUAAACGCAAGAAAACCGAAGAAGAGGAUUUGAAUGAUAGCAAGUUCAAAGACACAACAUUGAAAAAAAUUAUAUUUAUAGAUAGUACGUGGAACCAAACAAACAAAAUAUUCACUGACGAGAGACUUCAAGGGUUAUUACAAGUUGAGUUGAAAACAAGAAAAACUUGCUUUUGGCGCCAUCAAAAAGGAAAGCCAGAUACCUUCCUUUCCACAAUUGAAGCCAUUUACUACUUUCUGGUAGACUACCAUACUGAUAUAUUAAAAGAGAAAUACAAAGGACAAUAUGACAAUCUUUUAUUUUUCUACUCUUUUAUGUACCAGUUGAUAAAGAAUGCCAAAUGCUCUGGAGACAAGGAAACAAGAAAACUUACCCAUUAGUUUUUAAGAAGCCACUUAUGUCAUUUUAUUUUGCUAAAAUCAAUAAACUUAUAAUUGUG